AGAGGGAGGAACUAAAAUCCACAUUUUACUUUCACUUUCACAGACUCGACAGGCUAGGGUAUGAACCACAUAGUGUUUUACCAUAUCUCAUUUGAACUUAGUUUAUUUAGAUAAAUAAAAGUAACAAACUAGCAAAUAUGGCCAAACUAAGGUUCAUCGUGUCGUGUUUCUGGCUUUGUCUGGCGCGAACGGUGGUCUCCGAAGAUGAUCUUUAUCAUAAAGUGGGAGGUGAGGUCUUGUUGAAGCCAGACAAGUCCACUGUGCCUGGCCCCAUGCCAAACAUCCUAUGGAAGAAUGGGGAGAACAAGGUGGCAGAGUGGGACAAGGAUUUUGGUCUGGACAUCUAUGAUGUCUUCAAAGAGCGCACAACCCUGGACCUGACUACUGGAGAGCUGAAAAUUAUAGGAUUGACGAAAACAGACAGUGGAGUUUAUUCUGUGGAGUUCAACGGCAAAUUGCUUGACAAUACAUAUAAACUAUCUGUUAUCAAGGCAGUCCCCAAACCCACAAUCACUUCUUCCUGUAACUCCAACAAAACCUCCUGCACUCUGACCUGUGAAGGCGACACCACUGAUGCUGAACCUGUCACCUACAGCUGGAAAGUGGGAGAGGGGGCGUGGGAGAUCUCAGUCAAACAGAUGAAUGUCUUUAAGAGCGACACUGGCAAUUCAAACAAUGGUUACAAGUACAUCUGCAAGUUGAAUAACGCUGUUAGUGGGGAAGGGGAAGUCAGUGAGCCAGUUGGAGAGGUGUUUGUCUCAGAACCUUCUGAAGUUGGUGUUGGUGCUGUUGUUGCUGGUGUUGUCGUUGUCAUAUUAGUACUUGUUGCCGUUGUCAUAAUAGUUUGGUUGGUGUGGAAGAAAAAAAAAGGAUAUCCCGAAGACACCUGGAUCGACUUUUUGACCAAGUUUUGUGGUGGAGUGUUUGCUAAACCCAGUGAUGGAAACAACCAAACCACAGCUAAAGUCAGUGAUGGAGUCCAGCCAGAACAAGAGGUUACGGUUCCGCUAACGGACAUCAACAUAACAGGGCAAGACGACGCAGACGAAGCUGGAAAGGGGCAGGAGAAUGGAGCUAAAGGCAGUGAUGGAGUCCAGCCAGAACAAGGGGUUAAGGUUCCACAAACGGCCAACCCCAAAACAGGGGAAGACGACGCAGACAAAGCUGGAAAGGGGCAGGGGAAUGGAGCAGCUGAAGCCAGCAGAUCCGACAGUCCUAAAGAGAAGUCAGAGCCUGAUGGCAGUGAUGUAGUCCAGCCAGAACAAGGGGUUACGGUUCCACAAACGGCCAACCCCAAAACAGGGGAAGACGACGCAGACAAAGUUGAAAAGGGGCAGGAGAAGGGAGGAGCUGAAGCCAGCGGAUCCGGUAGUCCUAAAGAGAAGUCAGAGCCUGAGGGCAGUGAUGUAGUCCAGCCAGAACAAGUGGUUACGGUUCCGUUAACUGCCAACCCCAAAACAGGGGAAGACGACGCAGACAAAGCUGAAAAGGGGCAGGAGAAGGGAGCAGAUGAACCCAGUGGAUCCAACAGUCCUAAAGAUGAGUCAAAGCCUGAGGAAACCACACCGUUGAUGGAGUAUGAAGACAGACUGUAAAUAAUCCAGUGUUUUAGGAUGCUGGUGGUCUUCUUGGUGGGGAACUGAGGACCACAAAAAUGGGGUUUGAAGGCUCUCAGUACAUGCCUCCAUGUCUGUUACAUUGAGACAAACGACCAAGAAGAGAGAAACUGUUGGAGAUGUUUUUAAUGUACUAUACAUUUAAAAUGGAAAAUAGGCAAAUAUUGCACAUAGUAACUUGCAUUCAAUCAGAUGAAGUACAGUGAGCUACAAAGUAUUGGCACAGAGACAUCUUUUGUUAUUUUGGCUCUGUACUCCAGCACUUUGGAUUUGAAAUUAGAUAAUGACUAUAAGGUUAAAGUGUAGACUGUCAGCUUUAACCCGAUAUGGAUGAGAAUACCCUCAAAUUAAAGCUGACAGUCAGUCUGCACUUUAACCUCAUAGUCAUUGUGUCAUUUAAAAUCCAAAGUGCUGGAGUACAAAGCCAAAACAACCAAAACGCGUGUGACUGUCCCAUCAAUUUUGGAGCUCACUGUAUAAUGUGAUGAGCCGUGUGCUUUAUGAACUUACAGUACUUCAGACAUUUGAGGCCAAUAUUUGUAUCUCAGAACAUUUGGUGAUUGACAAAAACAAGAGAUUCUUACCCUUUCUCACUAUUCAUACCUCGUCUUUACAAAUCUCCAUCAAUUUGUGCAUAUUGUUUUUGUUGUUUGAAGCCAUAGUAUCAAUCACUUUGUGGUUGUAUGAUUCCUUUUCAGGUAUUUUCCCCAGAGCGCUUUAUGCCAACCCACUCCACUUUCUGUUUUAAAUCGCAGCUUGUGAAUGUCUUAUAUCAUUUCAUAAUUUACUAAUUCUUCAAGCCUUCACUUGACAUAUAUCAAGGAAUUUGUACAGGUUGUUAUUGUUUUAGUUAUUUUUCUCAGAGUAAUUUAUGCCAACCCCCACAAUAGGCAAAGUAUACUGUAGGGAGAGAGUGUUGGUUGAGAGGAACCAGGCCUGAGAGGUAGAGCUCAUCCUCAUCUGCCUUGUAAAGAGAGUGCUCUGCAGUACUGAGAUGUUGUAUUACUAACAACAAUGGUGCAUGUGUAUUUGUUUUAAUACCUUAAUAUUCCUUCAAAUUUCCCUCUGGUAUACAGUGCUGCUUGAAAAUAUGUGAACCCUACAGGGCUGUCAUUAUUUUUGCUAUAAAAUAUUAAAAUAAACAUAAAAUCCUUAUCUAAACCCCAAUUCGUAAUAAAGACAUUCAAGUAAAUGACAAACAAAAAAGAAAUGAUAUUUUCAUUGUUUAUUUAACAGUAACUCAGAUUUGAUGUGUCCAAAAAUAUGUGAACCCCUUCAGUCAAUAGCUUGUGGCACCUCCAUUAGCAGCGGUAACUUGGACUAAACGUCUCCUAUAGCCAGUAAUCAGUCUGACAUCUGUUUUGAGUGAUUUUUGCACACUCCUCCUUACAGAAUUCAGCCAAUUGAGUGAGGUUUGAGGGGUUUCUGGCAUGAACUGCCCGCUUCAGGUCCUGUCACAGCAUCUCGAUUGGAUUUAGGUCAGGACUUUGACUUGCCCAAUCCAAAACACAAAUCUUCUUUCUCCUGAGCCAUUCUUUGGUAGAUUUGCUUGAAUGCUUUGGGUCGUUGUCUUGUUGGAAGACCCAUUUUCGUCCCAGCUUUAUCUCCUUGACUGAUGGCCUGACAUUCUGUUCAAGAAUCUCCUGGUAUACCUCAGAAUUCAUGGUUCCCUUAAUGAUGUGAAGUCAUCCAGGUCCAGAGGAGGAAAAGCAGCCCCAGAUCUUGACAUUCCCACCACCAUGCUUGACUGUUGCGAUAAGGUUAUUUUGGUGGUAGGCAGCGUUGGGUUUGCGCCAAACAUAGCGGUGUUGAUUGUGACCAAAAAGGUCAAUUUUGGACUCAUCGGUCCAGAGACUGGACUUCAAGAAACCUUCAGGUUUGUCCAGGUGGUCUCUGGCAAAUUUAAGACUGGGUUUUUUUUACAGCAGAGGCUUCUUCCUAGCAACCCUCCCAUGAAUGACAUUUCGAUUCAGUGUUCUUAUUGUUGAAGCAUGCACAGUUACCUGAGAUGCAGCAAGGGAGGUCUGCAAAUCUCUAGAUGGUAUGUUUGGGUUGGCUUUUACCCUGAUUUAUUAUUGUUCUUGUGGCUCUUGGGGAUAUUUUGGAAGGGCGUCCACUUCUAGGCCGAGUUGCUGUCAUGUUAAAUGCUCUCCGUUUGUAAAUGAUUUGCCUCACAGUGGACUGAUUAUUUUAUAGCCUUCCCCAGACUGAUGUGCUCCCACUACCCUCAUCCUGAUGUCCUCUGCGAUCUCCUUUCCUCUCGGCAUGGUGUGCUUUGCAUUCACCUGGAUGGGGAACACCAAACUGACCAGGUUUCUUAUCUCUAUUUAUCAGAGUCCCGCCCAAACUCUUUCCUAAUGAUCUCUCCUUUGAUUCGUUCAUUUGGUAGCUAAUUAUUUACCCACCUGAUUCUACUUACCUACUUGAUUUAACCAAUGCAACUUGGGGUUCACUUAUUUUUGCACCUGCAAUAAUUACUUUUUAAUUUUGUUUUUCUACUACACGCAUGAUUUCCUCUACACCAACAUAUGGUAUUGGUAAAUAUAAACCUGUUAUGUCAGAUCAAAAAGACUGGUUCUGAUUAAAAUAAGAUUUCAUGGUAAAAACGGAAAAAAGGUCUCACAUACUUUCAAGCAGCACUGUAUAUCUGAGCGUAUCUGUUUUCACAAUAUAAUUUUGUCACCUGGAUUUUAAUAAAACAAUUCUCAUAUCUGUA